AUGGCAGUGCCACGCAGCCCCGGGAGCAGCCUUGAUAUGCCCGUCACCCUGCGGCCGGGAGCCGAAGCCAAGAUGCGUCUCGGGGUGGUCGCGCUGUGCCUUUUCCUCCAAGCUUUGGCUCUCCUGACCCCCCAGGCAUGCGGGCAGGAGACGGACGGUGCAGCGGCCGACGAGGUGAAGACCGAAGUCUUGUACGUCCCCGAGCAGUGUCAGCAAAAGAGCAAGAAGGGCGAUCUGCUCAAUGCCCACUACGACGGGUACUUGGCCAGUGAUAAAUCCAAGUUUUAUUGCAGCCGAAGACAAAAUGAUGGCCACCCGAAAUGGUUUGUUCUUGGUGUUGGGCAAGUCAUCAAAGGAUUAGAUAUAGCCAUGAUGAAUAUGUGUCCUGGAGAGAAGCGCAGAGUGAUCAUUCCUCCUUCGUUAGCAUACGGACACCAAGGAUAUGAGCCGGCAAAAAUCCCUCCAAAUGCAACGCUGAUUUUCGAGAUCGAGCUCUAUGCAGUCACGAAAGGACCACGCAGUGUUGAAGCUUUUUCUCAAAUAGAUCUGGACAGUGACAAAAAACUCUCAAGAGAUGAGAUAAAUGAUUACUUGAAGAAAGAAUUUGAAAGGGAUGGCAAGAAGCGUGACCCAUCGGUUCAUGAGAAUAUUUUGGUUGAUAUAUUUAAAAAGAAUGACCAUGAUGGAGAUGGCUUCAUAUCUGCCAAAGAAUACAAUGUCUACCAACAUGAUGAACUAUAACAUCAGUGCUAAGAGAUCUGUUUGUUGCCUUAUGGACAAUAAGGGGCCCCAAUCUAGCAUUUCCUCCUUAGGGGAUGUCUAACUUCCAUGCCCACCAGGGCUUCCCCAUACACUUCAAUGGAGGGGACAGGGCUUCAGUUAUAGCAUUGUCUCUCCAUUGAAAUCAAUACGAAAGUUUGCAGGAGCCUUUAAUGCACAUCGGACUGAAGGUGGAUCGGUGGAUUAGAGAUGGUUAGAGUUGUAGACCAGUGAACAGCUAUGUUCUUUUCUGUCCUGUUGACUUUUCUUCUCUGGGACUUGCGCACAAAGCCUGUGCCUUGGAUUUAUAGCUGAAACAUUCCAAAAUGUGUAUCCCCUUUUAUGUACCUUUUGAUGUGAUUUUUAUGCCUUUUUAUCAAGAUUAAAAUGAGUUACAUUUC